UCGAGUCUUCGUUUGCUCUCUCUCGCUUGAACGGUGGUCGUGCUCUGUAUUUACAUUUAAAAACAACUUAGCUCUCAACGACGUCGGGUGUGUGUUUCUACUACUGCGCGCGAAAACAUUCAAAAGUACAGUGUACUCGUAUAAAUUAAUGAUGAAGUGGUGGGUUUAUUCGAAGUUUCAUUAAUAUGUUGUGUGAAGUAGAAUGAUAAUAUUGUGAAGAUUUAUUGGAAAGUACGCGAUGAAAGUUUGAUGUGCAUUUUACAGGAGUUCUCAUCUUAGCUCAUCUUCAAUCCCGCAACUCAUCUCCCCAAAAAGGCGAAAGUGUAGGUUCCAUCUUCGCAUUAUCGCUGCAGCCAGUACAAGCGAUGUACUUCUAGGGAGUGUGUGAUGUCGGAUUAGUGAAAAUAUUAAAAUAAAUCCAACAUAGUGUAAACGUUCUUAAAAGGUGAUCCAUAUUGACGAAACCGUUACUAUGGUAAUGUGCGCUCAAUUUAUCCUUUCGUGUUACAACAAUCCUACUAUUACAACAACCAUAAGGCAAUGGUCUGCAAGAAGCAAGGAUUAAACUGUUUGUAUCCCAGGUGUGUGCGUGAAUGUGCUCCGUGUCUGUGUAUUCCUAUUGACAAAAUAAAGUCACUUUUAUAAAUCUCGUGCAAAUCGUUCGUACUUCAUCUUUGCUAUCGAGCACCGCCGCCAAACGGUGCACAAUAAAGCAACAUAAGUUUAAUCCUAUCGACCGUAUAAGAAGCUUGAAACGAUUGAAAAAGUAAAACAAAAACUGCCUGUUUUGCUCCCCCCGCUUAAACCCUUCCGAAACGAAAGGGGCACCCUGCAUGAGUGGGGAGUAAAAAAAAAAAAAUCAAAAAACCAGGGAGGAAAAAUCGAACGAAACCAGUUUUAUGUGCACGGCGGGAAAGACGAAUGCUGUCAGUAGACGAAACGACCAGAGUAACCAGUGUUAAUACAUUACAAACGAUUUACUGUGGAAAGCUACCUUCAAAAACACGACAAAUGAAAGCUCUCUUAAAGCAUCUUAAAAUAUUCCCACCAAAGAUGAAGCUGGCAGUGCAUCAUCCGGGAGUACGUUUUCAAACAUUCAUCCUGCUGCUGCUGUACGCCAGCACGAUCGGGAUCGUUUCCUGUCAGCUACAGCGGAACAGUAAAAUCAAAUCAUUCGAACAGUACGAGUUCGAAUGUUUCCCGGCAUCGGCAAAAGAAAACCUCACGCCACGGUUUGCAUCCUCCAACCAGACCGAUUCGAUCUCGCUGCAGGUGUCGCACCGCUACACGCACCAAAUUUUGUCGCGCAUUUAUGCGAUCUUUCUACGCGAGGUGCUUGGCUAUCGCAAUGUGAAGCUGGUCGAAAUUCGGGAUGACCUGCCGACGUCGGAAACCGAACGUAUGCGGCAGUUUUGCACCAUGGAACAUUUGUCGAGCCGUGGAGACCAGUGGCCAGAUCCAACGAUCGAUGUGGAGGUCUGGUUACUGUCAGACUACCAUUACAUCCCGGAGGACAUCCGGGAAGCGGGAGCCAUUACGAACCCGGGCCGAUUCGGUCUCUUCAUUCCGAAAGCACUCAUUCGUAAGGAGGAUGCCUUUUCUAAACCGCUCAUCUACACCAUGUUCCAGGAGGAUACGAACGAUCGCCGGUACUACGAUCUCAUCAAGAAGUUUGACAUCCCCGAUGCCGUGCUCGGUUCGAUAUACGGGUAUGCCGAGCGCAAGUGUGGCAAUGAUUGUGACGAAUACGGUAUGUUCAUUCCUAGCCACUGUACCAUGGGCCGGAAAUGUGCCCUGGUGUUGGCUCCACACUACGACGAUACCCACUUUCUCGUGAAGCACAUCUUGGAGAUGGAGUUCCAGCUGAAGGUGAUCUGGUUGGGCGAUAAGCUGCGGCUCGGAAUACGUCAGCUGAUGAGUGUGUACGGGAGUGAUCGCAAGAAUGCGAAAAAGUUCCUCGUGUUCCACUGGACACCGUCGGAAGUGAUCAGCAGCCGAACGAUGGAGUACGUGCCGGUCACGAUGCCACGGUGUGAAGAUAUGAUCGCUAGCAAUGAUACCGGGUGCAAGUACGAGAUGACACCGCUGCUCAAGUACUACGGCAAGAAGUUCCGGGAAGCGAACUAUGCAUUCAAUUCGCUCGUGAUGCUCCAUUUCAAGGACGAAUCUAUGCAGCAUACGUUCGAUCUGUACGAUCAGUACGAGGAUCAGAUCCUGAAGGCACGCGAAGAAGCCGACGCCGACCAGUUGGGAGUGACCAGAUACUACGAUCAAAUUGCGUGUGAUUGGAUGCACACUCAGGAGUCGUUUUGGAAAGCUUGGAAGCCACCGACACCGCUGGAGGAGAUUUAUGUUGGCGGCAUAUUUCCCCUCUCGGGAAUGGGCCUAACGUAUCUGGGUAUUGCACCGGCCGCACUAAUGGCACAGGGGGAUAUCAACAACAACCACACCAUACUCGCAAACCACCGGCUGACGGUACAGCAGAACGACGGGCAAUGUCGGGCGGACACGGUAAUGAAAUCGUUCAUCAGCUACUACAUGCAGCAGACGCGGAUGAUCGGUAUCUUAGGUCCAGCCUGCAGUGAAACGGUCGAACCAAUAGCCGGUGUUUCGAAACAUUUUCGUAUGGCGGUCAUUUCCUACUCCGCCGAAGGUGCGUUUCUCUCCGAUCGGGAAAAGUAUCCUUACUUCUUCCGCACGAUAGGCGAAAACCGCCAGUACGAGCACGUUUACGCGCAGUUACUACCACGCCUAAAUUGGCACCGGGUUGCGGCCCUGACGGAGGACGGUCAGAAGGCAACCGAGUACAUUUCCUACAUGGAAACACUGCUCAAGGAGCACUCCAUAGAACUGAUAUCGAACAAGAAAUUUCCACGCGAUCGUACGGAUAACGAAAUGAAUCGAUACCUGGUGGAUUUAAAGUUGAAAAAUGCUAAAAUCAUCAUCGCCGAUGUAGACGAUAAGGUGGCCCAGGUGAUAAUGUGCGAGGCGUACAAAUUGGAGAUGACAGCCGAAAAUGGAUACAUCUGGUUCCUUCCCAUCUGGCUGUCCAACGUGUGGAACCUAAGCUCGGAAGUACGCAGACCCGGUGAGAAUGACGGUGGCGGUGUACCACCAUCGACACCAAACAAUAGCACUCGAGGCUGCACCAACAGUGAACUACUGCGUGCCAUGAACGGUCAUUUCUCACUGUCGCAUGCACCUUACGCCGACGAUGACAGUCGCCUUGAUGUGGACGGUUCUACGGUACGCGAGUGGAAGCAAAGAUAUCUUCAGAACCUAUCCCAAAUGGGUUAUACUGCUUCAGAUUAUGCCGGUUACGCGUACGAUGCUGUCUGGGUGUAUGCCCUCGCCUUCGAUCGACUCCUGCGCGAAGAUCCAUCCUAUUUCAGCAAUCUACACUCGCAACAUACCACUAAACGGCUGAUGCAGCUGAUCCGUGCGACCGACUUCCAGGGUGUAUCGGGAAGAAUCCGGUUCAACGAAGCUGGGUCACGCUAUACCAUCAUCAAUGUGUUGCAGUUUGUUAACGGGACGGCCAACAUUGUUGGGCACUUCACGCCCAACAUAUCCGCCGAAUACCAACUGAUUGGGGGUGACUUGAUGCUGAACGAGUCCGCGAUCAUGUGGAUGACGCGGGAUGGCCGUGCUCCGGACGAUGGUGCGAUCGUGUGUGCGUUCGAAAGUUUCGUACGCAUCUUCGGUAUCGGCUGUGACGAUGUGACACUGAUCGUCAUCACAAUGGUGUCGAUAAUUAGCAUCUUGAUUCUCUCGGUAGCCUCAUUCCUCUUCUGGAAGGAGCGAUACGAUCGAAAGAUGAAAACAUCCGCCAAGUACCUGCAGAAGCUCGGUAUUGAUCUACUUUCACCAUCGGCCAUACCGUUCAAUACGCUCGACAAGUGGGAAAUUCCGAAGGAUCGUGUCGUGAUCAAUCGACGGUUAGGUGAGGGAGCGUUCGGCACGGUGUAUGGUGGUGAGGCACAGAUUGAAGACGAAGGCUGGACAGCGGUUGCCGUGAAGACGCUCAAGGUCGGCUCCACCACAGAGGAUAAGGUUGACUUCCUUUCGGAGGCUGAAGCGAUGAAGCGUUUUGACCACAACAACAUCGUAAGAUUGCUCGGUGUUUGUCUGCAAUCGGAACCGGUCUAUACGAUCAUGGAGUUUAUGUUGUACGGUGAUCUGAAAACAUAUCUGCUAGCUCGUCGGCAUCUGGUGAACAGUAAACAGUCGGAAGACUCGGACAUUUCCAACAAACGGCUCACGAUGAUGGCGCUGGAUGUGUCUCGGGCACUCUCGUAUCUGGCAGAGCAGAAGUACGUCCAUCGGGAUGUAGCCUGCCGUAACUGCAUGGUUAAUGCGCAGCGUGUGGUCAAGCUAGGUGACUUUGGUAUGGCACGUCCAACGUUCGAGAACGAUUACUAUCGGUUCAACCGGAAGGGAAUGUUGCCGGUCAGGUGGAUGGCACCGGAAUCGCUAGCAUUGGGUUUCUUUACUCCGGCCUCAGAUGUGUGGUCGUACGGUGUGCUGCUGUACGAGAUCAUCACGUUCGGUUCGUUCCCCUUCCAAGGUCUUACAAACAAUCAGGUACUGGAGCAUCUGAAGAAUGGCACCACGCUCACCAUUCCGGCUGGUGUAAAGCCGCAGCUCGAGGGUCUUAUGAAGGCGUGCUGGAACCAAGACUACAAGAAGCGUCCUUCCGCCUCGGAGGUGUCGGAAUUCAUUUCGAACUAUCCGCGACUGCUUAACCCGUGUCUAGAUGUGCCGCUCGCUUCGGUGGAGAUGGUGGACACGGAUAGUGACCAGUUCGAGCUAUUGCCCGGGUUGUGCAAAUACAAGGAUGAUUCGCAACCGACCGCCGACCUGCUCGUCGGAACGCAACCAAUGAACGAUCUUAACAAUGGGUACAACAACGUCAGCAUCAUGUCAACUGGAGGUGCCCAACGCAAUAACCGACAGCGUGCGAUCAACCUAAACGAUCUGAACGUGGCGACCGAUUUCACCACCGUCAAUCCGUUACCCCCGUUGGAAGAUUACGAGGACGAACCCUCGACGAGACAACAACUCGGUUCCAACCAGCAGCGGCAAACUACCUCGGCAAACCAUCUGAACGUCUACAACCCGAUCGAACCACUGUUGCAGCGUGACACGGAGGUUACCAAGAGCAAUAACAGUCUGCUGCGUUACGUGCCUAUGUUUGGAUUUGGCAAGAGCAAAACGGUUACGAUCGGCGGUACAACGAUCGUAACGGGUAGUGCGUGUAAAACCGUUCCAGUUACCACCGCAAUCCACUGCACCACCUCCCUGGGAGCGAUGGGUAGCACAGGUGGUGAUGUUGGCGGUGGCACCAACUCUCCCCAGUCGCCUACCGGUUCGGUGCUGGGUAUGAGCGGUGGAACCAUGAUCGUAAACGCGCGCAGUACUAGUACGACGAUUUUAUAGCAUCCGAAGGAAGCAGAUAAAAGCCUGCGGAAACCGCUCAAUAUCACGAAACCUGAAACAAAAUGCGACUAAACGAUCGCUUCGGAUGGUGGGCAAAACUAAAGACAUACAACUACAAUAACAAAAAAACCAAAAUUAUCCUUUUAUAAAAAAGCUUUAAAGUGUAGAGCGUAGAAGUUUAGGGCGAUUUAAUAAGGCAAUAUGUUCCUAUCAUGUAAAAGAAUUCGCGGAAAAGAGAGGAGAUAAUUUUAAACAGUGUAAAAGAUAUCUGAUCGAGCCAACAUACGGUUAUCGAUCACUUCGCAAUAUGAUGCACCUAUAAUCUGCCAACGGGAAUUAACACUGCUAACCGU